AGUCGACGUUGACAGUCUUUGGGAUAUGACUGUGCUUUUGUAGUAGAGAGCUAACUUUAGCUAGACCGUUAGCUGGGGGUCAGGUUUUAGGAUUACGUUAGCCGAAAGAAAGGAAUACGAGUGCCAACGCUUUCUCGGAGCAAACCAGCGUGAUUCGUUAGCCUUAUUAUUUUUAUACGAUGACACUAACAUAAAUUUCAUGUUUUCUGGCUGGGAAAUCUAACUUAAUUUAGGCUAAAUGGCUAACGUUAGCUAGCGUGUCAUCAAGUUGUGAAUAACAUAACUUGUUCUCAUUGAGGGUUAUAACAGUCUUUUAUUAUUUAGAGGCAGAAGCUAAAUAGAGAAAUUACUCAAUCGUCACACGGUUAGGUGGCAUAAAAACGCGCACUGGGGACGGAGUUAGCAUUGUGAGGCUAGCCGCUCGGAUUUUGUAACAUGAAAAAGGCUCAGUCUGAUACACUGGGAUUUGUUCCUCAGAAAGAUAUCGUCUACAACAAACUUCUGCCGUACGCGGACAGACUCGAUGAUGAAUCCAACGAGAUUCUGUGUAAAAUCAAAGGGAACCUGUGCCGAGCUGUGCAGCUCAGAGAGUUAUGGCCCGGUGUGCUGUUCUGGACGAGGAAACUUUCCACGUAAGUGACACUAAUCUUUGAUAUCCAAAUGUCAGCCUGCUGCACUUUGUUAUCCUGCUCUUAAUGGAGGCGCUCAUAAACUUUGACAACUUACCAAACUUUUGCGCAAUAGCACAACUUUUCACACAUGUUCCAUAUGAGAAAAAUACACAGUGUGCCAAGGCAUUGCUCAAUAUUUGUGAUGAGUGGAUGAAGCCUGAUGGAUAAUACAAAGAGUACCAUUUUAUUACCUGCAGAUAUGAUAUUUACACACGUGGUUUUUAUUCACUAUGAUGUGAAAAAAUAUAGUAAACUUAUUUGUAUAAAUGUAAUGCACAGUUAUGAAUGUAUGCAGUUUAACUUUAACAAGUCUGUCUUUAAUCAAAAUCAGAAGGGGUUUUAUUGCCAUUGUCAAUGAACAGGAUUCACAGACUAGGAAUUUGUUUUGGCAUGAUGGUGCAACAGUAAACAGAGAGUUAUAUAAAAUACUAGAAUUAAAACCAAUAAGAGCAUGUAAGAAAUAUAUAAAAGUAUAAAAAUAUGAAAGGUUAUGUACAAUGCUAUGUACAAUAAGUAUAAAAGGCUAUGUACAUCUAUACAGUCCAGAACAACAGUGCAGUGGGAGGAGUGCAAUUAAAAAAUCCAAAGUAUAAUAUAAUUUUUGACCUUAACCUGUUUCAACCAACAAAACAAAACUCAAUUCCUUUUAUUUUUUAUGCUUCUCACUUGCAAACCCCACUUUAGGUAGUAGGGCUGGGACGAUAUGCUUUCUCCCCAUUCGAUUGUUCUACGAUUUUUUGGAUGCCAAUUCGAUUUAAAUUGCGAUUCUACGAUAUCAUCGAUUUUAUAUAUCGAUUAUACGUUGAUUUCUAUAACCAACAACAAUAACAGUGCAAUACUACACCCCUAAUUAUUUAUUAAUCAUGUGCAAUAUCAGUAUCAUCAUUGCAUCCAGACCUGUUUUUUGUUGGCACUGAUCUUUCUUUCUCUUUUAUUUUUCUCAUACUUGUCUUUAAUACUGUUCUUCGAUUGCACUGCUCUUUCUUUUUGUACCGUAGUUGUACAAAAGCUGGAAGUGUCAUCUCAUGCUCAAGCCAAAUGGGCAGCACUUAUAGCCAAUCAGUGGCAAUAAGAUAAGCACAUGAAACUGUGGUAACAACCGUUUGCUUACGUUAACACAGAUGAAAGUUAAAACAAAGACAUUUGGCAAACUGUUAAAGCACACAAAACAUCGUCAUAUGAGAAAUCUGACGCUAUGACUCGCCACAAGUUGUUCUUCAGGUCGUUAUCUUUGUAAUAUUUGUGUCUUGGUAUUUGUGACAUGAUAUACCGGUGAACCUGACGUCGCAACAACACGAAAUGUGAUUGGUCAGAAGUGGACACACAGUAUGCGAAACUUUAGAAAAUUCAAAAAAUAAAUGCCGCAAAUCGCAGGACGGGAAAACGUCGCUGAUGUGAACGCUUGUAUUGACAGGAUACGGGUUUGGAAAAAAAAUAUUGACGUUUGAAUUAAUCACAUGAAAAAGACGCUCCCAGUGUGUAAGGACCUUUACUCUUACAUUUGAAAAAAAAAAACGUUUUUUGAAGAAAAAAAUUGAUUUAAAAAUUGUAAUAAGAAAUAUGCGAUACUUAUUUGAAUCGAUUUUUUUCUCUCACCCUUAUAAGGUAGCAUGCGGUAUCAUCAUAAAAGCUAAAAAAACCCAUCACUUUCUGUUCACAUAAACAGACUUGUUAUCAUUGGACUUAGUGGGUGACAGUGGUGUCUGGUGUGUGUUAGAUUUUAAGGUUCUCUCUUUUGCCCACUUCAAGAGCAAGCAUGAGGCGAGCAAAAUAAUCAGAAGACCUGUCAAUGUGAUGUACUACAGUAGACCAGCAACAGCCACUACAACUUAACUUCAACAAGUAAUUCAAAGAGCAAAUACCACGUGUCCAGCCAGUCAACAACAACUGAAAAUGUAGGGGCCUCACAGAAGUGGGCUUCAUUUCUGUUGGAGUUGUUGUAUUGGGUUGCAUUAGAUGGCCCAGGUGUUUGUAAAGUUAAAAUGGGUCAGUGUACAGUGUGAUGAAUAUAUUCCAGAGAGGACAUCAUCUUUGAUUCACAGUUUCUAUGUCUCUCUGUGGUUUUUCUGCAGUGCACUAUCAUUGUCCAGUAUUUAUAUAUCAACACCAAAUAUUACAGAAUGCAUUUUAGCUAAAAUAAUCUACAGUUUAUUAUCUUUUUGCUGUUAUCUGUGGUUUACACAUAGUCUGUAUUUGCAAAAUGUUUCCCCUGAAUCUAAGUUACAUACCUAAAGCUGUUUAUCAUCACAAAUUGAUCUGAGAUUGGCUGACAGCUGAUGAGGGUGUCAUCUGACUGCAUCAAAAUUGUGUAAAAGCAUUAUGUAAAAUCACCAUAACACCUAGACCUCCAUCUAACAAGUAUAAUAUACAUGCUGAGUGAGAAAACACUAAAUCAAGAUUUUUGCAACGUGUUAAUUACAAAGUUCAUAAUGUAAUAUCAAUGAAUUUGGACUUUAGCCCUCUGUUUCAUCCUGUGAUAACCUAUAGAUUUCCGUUUUUCUGAUCUCCCAGACUAAACACCACAUGAUAAUAACUUGUAACAGCAACAGCACAAAACAAACAUUGAAAUAGGCUUAGCUAACCUCAUUAGUUUGAGCAAUGGCAGCAGGGCAUGUCCUGGUCUGGCCUAUCACAGUGACCAGCACAUUGUUUCCUGUUUGAAAUGCCUCAAGUCCUCCUGCUCUCAUGAGACGAAAAGCUUUGUCAACUUUAGAUAUUGAGAUUGAAAUAAAUGCAUUAAAAUGAGUGAAUGAUUAUUAAGUUAUGAUAAACAAAUAUAAGUCAGGAUCUCCAGAAUACAGCUACAGUGAAGACAGGACUGUUAUUUUGAGAAAAGAAGAUGAAGUUUGGCGCCCAAGUUAACCAGAAACUACUUAUCACAGGAAAAAAAGAGGAACAAAGUAAAUAGAAAUAAAAUGUAUGUUGUCAUUUCCUUUUGUGGCUUCCAUACUUUUCACAACUUAAUCGACACAACUGAAUGGUGGGGUAGCUAGCUUGGACUUCACCUGACUGCAUCACCAAUGUAUGCAGGUUUGCAUUCAGCAUGUAAAAAUACAAGGUGAUAAAAGAAUUAUUCGUUUACAAAGAAUAAUAUUUGUUAUUUAUUGCAUUAAAUCAAAAUUAAUGCAAAUGAUUAUAGUGUCUUAAAGAUGAAAUGUAAUUUGGGAUGUGUAAUGUUGGCACAAGGUUGGUAUGAGCCAAAAGCUGAAAAGUUAAUUGUUUAUUGGCAGAUAUGAACAUUUCUGUUUAUAGUAACAGUUGUUGAAGUGACACUUUUUAUGAGCUUGUGAUGACAGCUCACCAUCUACUAGCAUCAGCCAUUGUAUGAAAGUAUGAUUAAAUGUCAGGAAUGAACAGCAGAUAUAUUGAUGAAUGUUUAUAUUUGAAAAAUAACAUAUUUAUCAUUACUGUUAGCUUUGAAACAAAUGGACAGGUUAAUAUGAGCACAGAACAGAUCUGGUGUGUCUUACAUGAAAAAGGUGUGUGUGGUUUGAAGAUAAUCUUACAAUUUUGCAAAUGGAGUACUGGUGAAAACCAAUAUUGUGCAAAUGCAUUUGAAUUCAACUCUUUUGGCUUCCCUCAUUUUAUGGUGUUUAAACAACAUUAAAAGUCAAACCCAUUUUUAUUGGCGUUUUAUCAUUUCAUUAACAAACCAAAGCAGUUUAGUAAACAGGGUACAGCUGGAUUAAGAAAUGAACCUAAAGUAUAUGAUUGCACCUGAUCUAAGAAAAUGUUGACUUGUUAACUUGUGUAGCCCCAAUAAGAUCCACGUAGUAGACUGUAUAUAAACCCAAUUUAGCUUAGAGUAAAGCAGGAAGGCCUUAGAAAUAAAAAGGGAAUCACUUUAAGCAAUGGUUACAUAAACAAUAAAACACAGAAAUUUAAUUCAAUAUUAAUAAGAGAGCCUUAUUGAGUAAAAGAGAUUCUAAUAUAUGAAUAAUGAAUAGAGACAAACGUUGUUGUAGAGCUCAGAAUGGCCUGGUCCCCUUUUGAGUUUGAAACCAAAGGUAGGAAGAGUCAGCAAGCUGCUGUCUUUGGAUCUGAGGUCACUAUUGUGGCUGGAGGGCAGCUUUCAACACUGUUUGCUAGGCUAACACUCUGUUCCUGUUGCAACUGAACAGACUGGUAAAUGACUGGCUCGGUGCGAGCUUAUCUCUGAAGGUGGUCCGAGCUUGUGUUUCUCAACAGACUGAUGUUUUCAUGUGGCUAUUAAAUGUUGGCUAACUGUUCAGGACUAGAAACUACAAACCAGCCGUUGUACCUGAUUAGGGACAGUCUGAGUUUCAUAAUGAGCACAAUGGAGUGCAAAUACAUAACCUGACCCCGCCAGAGCAGCUCAACAGAAGGUUGUUGUCGCAGCGGCUUUGCUGCUUGUGCUCGUUUACGUUAUCUCUUUGAAGUAACAAGUCAGAUGAUUACUCAUAAAAUAUGACCGAAUACAUCUCAGAAAAUUUGAUUUUAUGGACUUUUAAGUAAGCUAGCUUCAGGGUAUUUUUACUGUCAGCGUUUAAUAUGUUGGACUUGAAAGGAAGGUCAUAAAAGCAGCGUUGAACCUGUUGUCUACUGAUCGACAGACAGGACGUGAUAUUUUUUUAUCAGGUCUUUGUUCACUUUCCUAUGUUGUAUCCUUUUUACCUUUUCUUAUCAGACGUUCAGUCAUGAGUCACGUCCCACCAGCCAUGAAAAUAUUGUCAACAUAAACGGCGGAUUACUCAAAGUGCUGUUUCAUUUUGUUGUCCUUGGUUGCUGGGCUGUCUUUAAUCCGUUUCAGUCCCCAUUGCUGGCGCUUUGCUCUGUCCAAGAGUGAGUCACUGCCGGCUCAGAGAGAUGGAAAGUUUACUGUGGGGUUUGACCCAGAUUCGGUUCACUGGUGUUUUGGCAUUUUAAUAGCGAAUCAAGCAUUUUGUGAUGGUCAAUUUUAAUAAGUCCUAAUUAAUGAAUCUUCAGUGUCAGCUUUGGCAUUUAAAAAUGAACCUUUGUGCGCGAAUAAAACUUUAAUUUUAGGACUUAGAAUAUAAUCAUCUUGUUUAUGUUAUUCAUGUGACUGCUAUUCACUGUUCAUGCCUUUUGGAAAUUUAAACAGUUAUUAAGUCUGUUUUUCUUCUUCUGCUUCUCCAGAUACAUGAGACUGUAUGGAAGAAAGUUCAGCAAAGAAGACCAUGUGCUGUUCAUCAAGUUGCUGUACGAGCUAGUGACGAUCCCUCGGCUGGAGAUCAGCAUGAUGCAGGGCCUCGCUCGGCUUCUUAUCAACCUCCUCAAGUAAGAGUCGGCCCCCUUCAAGAUGCCCCUUCUGUUUUCCUCCAACAAAAAACAUGUUUCCACUUUGAAUAUCACUGCCAAGGAUCUUAGGAGUGUCUUCUAGAUACAUGAUAAAAAAAUGCUGCAAACUCACCAUUGACAACACAUUGUCCAGUCUGAUUUAGUCUGAUCUGCUCAUAUAUCUGUAUGUCUGAGUCAUAAGUGUUUGUUGAGUCAGUCAUACAUUAAAUCUGAUUCAUAUCUCUCUGUACGUCUGAUUCAUCUCACAGGAAAAGGGAGCUGCUGUCGAGGGAGGACCUUGAGCUGAAUUGGAGACCGCUGUACGAGCUGCAUGACAGGAUUCUUUUCUCCAAGACAGAGCACCUGGGCCUCAACUGGUUCCCCAAGUAUGAUUCUCUACUUCAUUUUUGCUGUUAUUAAUGUUAGGGAUUUAAAAGUAUGCUAAGUCGCAGAAAUAUUACUGAUACGUCAAACCAGGGGGACACAUUCAGCGAAGUUUAACUGCACCAGUGUAGCCGUGGUUGUAUCUGACCCAUUGAAGAUUAAGUAGUUGCUUAUUUUUGAAUCUCAGGAGUCUUCAUAUUUAUGUUUCUUUUUUUGAGUUACACUAAAGCCACAGCUGCGUUUUUUUUCAUAUGAGUUACCUUCCACGAACUGCUUCAUUCAUCCACCUGAAUAUCAUCAGAUUCAAAUUAGAUAGAUUGCAUCACUGAAGUGAAGUUAAAUGUUUGUUCUGUAUCAGUAAAACCUAUUUAUGCCAGUAUAGAUAUAGAGAUGUUUUCAGUUUAGUCCUUGUGUUCUGGGUUUCACUGGUUUGAAUGAGAACUAACUGUGGGAAGCAUUUUCUAUGUCAUGUAUCCUGCCUAACUGUACAGUACUUUUCCCUCUGUGAAAAAUGUCCACUUUCUCCUUCACACCCCGAGAAUUUCCCUAAGAAGUUCUUAGCAAGCAGUGCGAGGUGCUCUUCUAUGGUGCCAUGGGAACAUUGUGUGUUAAUUACAUAAAUGCCUCGCUGUUUAGUGCGUCACUUUCACAUCACAGCGGAUGAAAAAAAACAAGCUGCUUUUGCUGUUUGCCAGCUCACCUCUUUUCAAAAUUACACAAAUACACAUGAAACACGAUACUCUGAUCACAUGAUUAACUGUACAAGUUGAUGUGUGAGAGCAGUGCUCAGAGGACUUGGCGCUGUAGUGUGCUGAAUGUGUUCUUUUAUGCCUUUGUCUCCUCUCACAUUCAGUUCUCCAUGGCCUCGUUCAUCCUAUAAACUCAUAAUGCUUAAAUUGGUUCAGAGGUGGUAAGGACAACACGUCUCUUUGUGUUUUUAUUUUGAAUUCAUCUUUUUUGAGGCACCAUUUCUUUUUCUACAUUGCAUGUGUAAACAAAAAGACCCCUUAUGCAGCUUGUGACAGAAGAGAAAAAAAAUCAAGAUUUAAUCAAUGUUAACAUUUCACUCAUAUUGGAGACUGUCGCACUGCAGCUAAAAGGUUUUUUUUUUCCUCCAAAUCAACCAUGAGAGAGUGAUGGUGUUGUAUCUUUAAUAUGUGUCCCAGGAUUUUUCAUAAUCUGUUAUUUUAUGCCCCAAGCGUUUCAUCUGUUACGGAUUAUGUGAUAUAAUUAUAUACAAAGAGGACUGUAUUAGGAUGUUUUACGUCACAUUAUAUUAUGUGUUACCCUGGAAGCCAAACAGUGGUAGAAGGAAAUAUAUUUACAUCAGUAUCUACUCAGCAAUAAUCUUUAUUUUAGUCCGUGGUCGAGUCGGGGUGGGCAGAGUAUCGGUUUUAAUUCUGUCGCUAGUGUAAAGCUCUGCGAUAACAAAGAUUUUGUAAAACCAUCAUCACUAGUUCACACGUGUUUUAGUUGUUGUACACACACACCAUGUAGAUUUGCUUCCCCCAUUGUAGAUUAAAUUUGCUCUUUUGCUUCUUCAGCUCUUAUACGUAAGAUCAGGGCAACGCUCGCCACCCUCCCCCUCUCGUCUAUGUUCGUGUAUCGUGGUACUUGUGCUCUUUUCUCACCUCUGUGAAGAAAGCGUCCACUUUCCUAAAACUGAGUUUCAUCUAGGGCUGUGGCUGUGAAUUGCAGUCAAAGUAGUGACUGCGACUCUGUACGCUGAUUGUAAUACUAAAAUUGAAAUCAUUUCUGAUGAGUUCUUUACUAUAAAAGUCUUCAGUUGAGCUGAAAUACCUCCAAGUUUGAAACAGUCAUGUCAGGAAAUGACUUGAAGAACUAAAUUAAGAAGGUGCGUUCAUGUACAAACAGGAAGGAGGGAGAGAAACAAAAGUUGAGAUCACACAGAUUAAGACACUAAACAAAAAUAAAAUUCUAUGUCAUGUUGCCCACCCCUUUUACUCCAGGGCGCCCCCUCUCUUUGCUUGGUUCAAAGUAAGUCAUACCUGUACUGCUAUUCAGCAUUUUUGGGGGUAACAGAGACGCACACGCUCUGAUCACGUUUCCCUCCCUCGUGGUAUGUAUUAGGGCGAACGUGCAGGUUUGAACUCAGAGACAAAUGUCACGCCGUUUAGUCUGGAGUUCUUCUUCUCUGCUUUGUAACGGGACACUCAGCUUGACUAGUUCUUGUUGUUCUUGGACUUACAGUGCAUGAAUUUUUGACUACAGCCUUUUUUUUUUUCCUGAGUACUAACCAUUUGAGCAGACCCUCACUAUUUAGGUACAUUUAGUUUGGCUCGCAGUGUGUAUUCCCAAAUUCAGCUUCUGUUGGAGUAUAAAUGUGGAGUAUGUCAGCUCUAAAUGGCCCUGGGUGAUGCGGGGAUAGAUAACCAGUUGUUGAGCGGGGCUGGCAGGGCUUUUCCAACCAGGCAUGGCUCGAGCUUGCAUGCGAGCAGAUCGGUGGGAUUGUGGGUGGGGAGCUCCAAAGCUGUGGUUAUAUCGGUCCCAGGCUUUCAACACUGUUAUGUGACCUGAGUUUGGAGUCUAUAUGUGAAGAUAAUCAUGGCAGGAGUCUGUAAUGUGUGAGACGUUUAUUAUUAGUCCUCCUUGGUCCGCCCACGACAGCUCUCACAACCGGGUUAACUAGUGAUCGAUGCAAAAAGAUUAGAAAAAUGAAUAGUUAACAUGAUAUGUGUACAUCGGACCAGGAAGAUGAACUACUAACUGCAACACUUAGUGUGUUGAAUGAAGUGUCAUAAGUCUGUUAUUGGUGUUUCCUAACUGCACACCAGCCUGUCAGGUGUUUUUGUUCCCUGUAAUCCUCUCAGGUGUGUAAAGAAAUGUCCGUGUGCAUGUCGUCAAUGUCAGGUUUCUUUGGUGUGAACGUCCUUUAACUCUAACACUAGUCUUUUAGUGGUUGUUUUCCCGUGUCCUGACAUUUCUCCUUUGCGUUCUUUAUCACAGCUCCGUGGAGAGUGUGCUGAAAACCCUGGUGAAAAGCUGCAGACCGUAAGUAAAUCUUAAUCUCAUUAAUGCGUCUAUUAAUAGAGGUAUUAUAGUCUGAGAUUCACUUGAUUGUAUCAAAGGGAAUUAAUUGAAAUUAGAUGAGACAGAGCGAUACAUCACAAAUUAAAAUGAUGUGGAGUUCAGCUGAUGGGACAGAAAUUCCUCAGUUUUUGCUGAAGCGGUUGGUGAAUCCCUGUCUUCAUUUUAAGGCUUGAAUCGAUUUCUCCAUGAACCCACGGCUUUGCUGCGACAAGCAGGUCCCUGAGUUUGCUCACAUUUGCGUAGUGCCUGUGCAGAUAUCUUAGGCAAGCACUAGUACUCGUCACUCUGUUUGCACUUAGCUAGGUAAUCCUAUUAUCUCAUCUAAUUUUGUCUUGUGUGAGAGAUUCCUGUUAUGGUGAGAAAAGAGAGUGACUUGGAAAGCCUCUGAGACGCUCAGGAUCAGCUGGGGGUUAGAGGGGAAGAAUCCUUGGUUGGAAGUUUCAGUUCUUUCAAAGUGUCCAGUAGGUUAGGGAUUGCAGCAGGCGGCCAAGUCACCUGAAAUAACCUGCUGGGUUUACACAGUCUUAUAACAGAGCGUGAAAAGUCACCUGUGGGACGCUGAGUGCAGUUGAGUCACAGUGUUAACGCUCUGAACAUUUACACGUACAGUAAAGUCAAGCUGUGGUUAUAGGUUGAUAAAGCAGUUUAUUAAGACUAUGGUCCUUGUAGUUUAUUGUAGUUUAUCAAAAAAAGUAACAACGUGACGAAAAACAACAGACAAAUUAUCAAGAGGUUAACUGGUUGUAUGUUUUGUGAAAAAGUUGACAACGUUACAUCUCUGUAUCUUCUGUACCUUCUUUUAGAAUAAGAAUAAGAAGAACUUUAUUAAUCCCCGAAGGGAAAUUCAAUUGUCUGUUGUCUCACAUAAUAUGUCUCUAAAAGUUAUUUACUAUUUACACAAGAGUUAUUAUACUAACUUUGUUCAAGGGCUUGGUCUAAGCAAUGAUCUGUUAGUAUGAUACCUAUCCCGAUACAACAAACAUGAUUCACUGCACUAAAUUGAGAUGAUAUGAUGGUAUUAUGGUGCAUACUCUCCUUAUAUAAAGGGCAUGCAAAUAAAUGAGUUUAGUUUAACAAAUACACUCUUUCACAACACCAAGAGGGUGCAGAUCUUUUCAUACGAAGGGAAGAGUUGACAGUUAUUUUAGUUGUACAAGUUGAGUUAUAAAAUCAGAUUUAUUAUCCUUCAUUAGGAACUUAAAGAACUUUUAUACUGUGUCCAAAGUGCUGCGUUGACAGUUCAGGUUCGUUAAUCUACUCAGAUUUAAUUUCAGAGCAUGUUCAAUAAGAUAUAAAAAAAAUGAAAUGGAAGGAAAAAUAGAAUAAUGCAGGGCACCAAAUAACCCCUGGCAAUCCCCAAAUACUUGGAGCUAUUUUUAAAUGACAAACUAGAUUCAUAUUUAAUCACAAUAAACUCCUAAAAUGACGAAUUAAAUGAUGAUUAAAAGUUGUGGUAGACUUUUGAUGUGACUGUAUCUUUGUCACCUCCCCUGCUGCUGGCAUACUCUGCAGGGUCAGAGAGACACACAGGAACACCACACUCCACUGUUGACCGCACUGGACAUCAGCUACCAUGCUGAAACUGAGACUUUAUAACGAGCAAACUAACUUAAAACCCAUUUUAGUUUGAGUUUCUAUGAACCCCCAAGAGGCUUAAAAUGUAUUUGAGUUCACACUCUGCUUGCUCAGUCUCUCCUGCUCCUCACUGCAACAUACAAUAAUAACAGCAGGUAACAGCAGGGAAUUCAUAGCAGGUCUAUAUAUGUCCAACUCUUAAGUUUGACUUAGUACAAGUCCAGUUGGACUGUUACACACAUAUCCUUGAUUCCCCUCGUCUGACGGAGAGGUCUGCUCAUCAGUCUCAAGCCUAAGUAGAGUGUGCACAGGUGUGUGAGGUUGUGAUUUGUAAGAGACCUAAGAGGCUUGUCCAUAUUUGUAGUGCUGUCUAAGCAGCUCUGCGGGUUCAGAGGCCAUUUAUACCUCUUAAAAGCUGACAAAUGAUAUUAAUAACAUUCUCGUCAUCAGCAAGUUAUUGGCUUAUCUGUACAAAACAGAAAAAAGGUUUUAAAGUCUGUUUUUUUCUUUGCCCACACAGAUACUUUUCAGAGUCUGCAACUCAGGAGAUGUUGGACGAGUGGAGACCGCUCCUCUGUCCCUUUGAUGUCACCAUGCAGAGAGCAAUCAGCUACUUUGAGCUCUUUCUGCCCACAACGCUGCCUCCAGAGCUGCACCACAAAGGCUUCAAGUGAGAAACUUCUCAUCCUCUCCUACGUACGCUUGUGACCCAAGAUAUCACUCCAGUCUGGAGGCAGAGUAGCGAGUCAGCCUCGAGAUCCGGUCUGUAGGAGAAAAGAUGAAUGAAUCACAACCAGGGCUGUGUCAGUUGUAUAUAAAAGCAGAGGAUCCCGGCAUAGGCGUCGUGAUGAGCUACGCAGAGAUGCCUUUUGAAAAUGUGAGGGGGUGUUUCCUAUAGUGAGAAUCUUCCUUUAAAAAAGGAGCCAAGAUCCAGUUCCAAUUUUGUGUUUCCGUCACAAGAAAACAAUGGAAGAAAACACACAUAUUGGUUCCUGCUGCUUUUUUAGGAGUAUUUUUAUAGCUCUUGAAAAUGAAAUGCUCACUUUCACGUCGUUCAGAUUUUUCCACCCCUCUAGACCACAUUGGCAAGGUGUAGUGAGUGAGUGAUUUCUUAGGCCACUUAACGCUGGCAGAGAAUCCCUUAAAUGUCACCGCCUACCUAAUGCCUUAACAAUGUUAGAGUGCUGAGCUGAUGCAACCAGCCAUGAUCAGUGUGUAUCCUUCUUAAGAGAAGGACAACAAAGUAAGAUUUCACCCGAAACUACCUGGAAAUUUAAUCGUUUUAUUUCAGAUCAACUGUUUUUUUACUGUUUUUAUUUUCUUUGAAUUGAACACUAAAUGGAAUAGCCCAUGAACAAAAAUAAUUUGCUUUUGCUUCCUUUACUCAUAUGCAAGUAGACAGGAAAAUUUUGAAGAAACGAGACAUAACUUCAGUCUCAUGAAAGUUUAUAUUUGUGCAAAAUGUCUAUAAAAACAGAUUUAAUGGUGUGCAACUCUAACAACUGACCACAGCCGGCAAGGACAACAUUUCAAAUGUUGAAGUAGGAAAAAGAAAAGGAAAAUAUAAAUGCUAAUUUUACAGAAGUGCCAAUGAAAUGUUUCAGCAAAGUUGGGAUGGGGGCAUGAUUACCAUCCUGGUCCCACUCCUCUUUCGAUCAAGAGAUUCAGUGUCCACGAUUUCCAAACAGAAUAUCAAAUUUUGAUCCUUCAGACCACAGAGCAGCUUUCCUUUCACCUUUUUUUUCAUCUUAAACCUCAGAGAGGUUGUCAGCGUCUCUUAAUCUUCACAUUGUUACGUUUUAACUUCUAUUUGUGGAGUUAGUGAUAAUCUCUGCUCAGACAUUGGUCUUUAAGAGUCUAUAUGCAGUAAUUUCCACUACAGAGUCAGGCUUGUUUUGAAUGCAGUGCCACUUUUGGACCCAAAGGUUCACAGCCAGUAAUAGUUUUUUGGCCUUCUCCUUUUUGUAUUUCUCUGGAUUAUCUGAGUAUUUUGAUGUUAUUACUCUCUGUAGAUGUUUAUGCUGAUGAAGAUAAUUGAUAAACUAUUAACUCCCUUAGUCUCUAACAGAGUGCUAAACCUCUAACCAUCUUUACUUCUGAGGGACGCAGUCUCUCUGGAGUGCCUGUUUUGUUCUCAGUCAUGUCACUGACCCGGAGCAAAUUAAAGUAAUUAGUCCACCAGGGUUUUUUUCAGUGGGUCAUUGUCCAUGUCCCAACUAGCUUGAAACUAUUGUUGGCAUCAAAGUGAAAAAGAGCGUUUAUUUUUUAUAAAACAAUCAAAUUCUUCAGUGUCAUCUGUUUUUCUCAUCAUUUGUCUCAGCGUCCAUUCGGAAAUAAGGGCUGUAUCUCCGCUCCACAGCCGAAUUAGUAAUGUCAGAAAUAUGUCCUUAAAAAUGUUGUUUUCUGCUUCUGUUGCUGUUUAUUUCUCCAACAGGUUGUGGCUUGAUGAGUUACUCAGCUUAUGGGUGUCUGUGCAAAACCUUCCGAGCUGGGAAGUGGUGAGUAGAUUCAGUUGUUAGAAAAAUGUCUGAAUGUGCAGCAGUCAGCGUUUCUCUCUUCCUGGUGUAACGUGUCCCACUUCUCUGCAGCACCUGGUCAAUCUCUUCGCUCGCCUGGCCAAUGACAACAUCGGCUACAUCGAUUGGGACCCUUUCAUCCCGAAGGUUUGCGGCUCAUAUUAUUUUUUAUACAGUUUGGAGCUUGUUUGUUUAUAAGUUAGUGGCACAUGUGACCUGACCCCGGUGAGUCUGGCUCAGGGUGCGAGUUUCAUCACAGCCUCUGCUGCUGCUGCUGCUCUGAGAAACAAAGUCUCAGGUUUCCUUGUUGAUGUGACUCUUGGUCAAAGCAAGUCUCCUCACGAUGGGAAGUGACUUGCAUCACAUUUGCAUUCCAGCCUCAUGACUGUUUUGAUCCGUGCUCUUUGUCAACAACAGUGUCUGUCCCUGAUAAACAUAAACACAGACGCCGCAGAGACGCAGAAGCUGGAUGUUAGAUCAGCCGGGGAUUUUCUUGACGUCUUUCCAUGAUGACUUUAUAUUCAUUCAUUAAACUCGCUCUUAUUUUACCAAUGUCACCUGACAGAGGAGAGUGGAUGCAGCAGUAAAACACUGUGUGGGAUAUGAACGUUAACCCACUUUCAGCGUUUAAAGUCAUUUUCUUAUUUUCACAACUUUUUUUGAUUCUGCCGCUUUUAAUACAAUGUUUUUUUUUCCGCACCAUCCUUUUGCAUAUUAAGUCGUUUGGUAUUUGUCUAAUUUUUCAUAAUGAGAAUAAUGAUGAUAACUUUAUUUAUUUAGCACUUUAAAAAUAAAUGUUUACAAAGUGCUGUGAUGUGCAAAACAAAGACAGUGACUAAUUUGUUCUCAGCUGCUGAAAUAAAGACCGAACCUUCACAGAGUUGAAAUGGUUUUAGGUUUGGCGGGUGUGGAAAUGAUCUCAGACAGAAAAUCAGGACAGAAGUUUGAAGGCUGAAUUUUAUAUAAGCAGGCUGACAAAAUGCAGAACAUAAUGUUUGUGGAAAAAACAAUUAUAUAUACAAAUACCAGUUUUAUUAUAGGUGAACACAAAUGACAUUAAGCUAUAUCAUAACCCUUUAAAAUCGAAUGAGAAGGGACCUUCACUUUCUCACUAUUAAAGCUCACCAGGUAAUUUAGUUGACAUCUAGAUAUAUUUAAAUCCAGAACAUGAGCAUUUAAAUUUCUGUUUAUUAAACUCUAAUGAAUAUUCAUGAGCUGCAUAUCAUUAUCGGGGUCUUGGAGCCUCAUAAGGGAAGUGGUGUAUUCCCUUGCAAAGUAAAAAACUGAUUUUUCUGUAUUUAUGAAUGAGUUAAAAAAACCUUUAAGAAGUCCAGAACUGCUCCGGCUGAUCUCGUAAUGCAGGUGGUGUCCUCAAUAAGCUUGUUGACUCUUACCGAGGUUUCUCACAGAUAGUAAAAAUGUUUAAACUUGUCAUAUGCUUCAAACUGUGAGUAAUUCCUUUAUUAAACAAAAUUACUGUAGGACUGAUUAGUUUGAUUACUUGUGAAGCCUGAUAGCUGAAUCACCCAGAAUAGAAGUUUUAUUGCAGAUAUCACGGGCUGUGCAUGAUCAAAAUAGCAAACAGCUGAACUCUUGUUGUUCUGUCUUGUAUUUUGCAGAUUUUCACCAGAAUUUUGAGGAGUUUGAAUCUCCCCGUGGGGACCAGUCAGAUGAUGGUACCACGUUACAUCACAAAUGCCUAUGACAUCAGUCAUGUGGUUCUUUGGGUCUCCUCUCUCUUGGUAAGCUGAUUCUUGUAAACGGUGUGUUUUGGUAAACAGAAGCAUUUAUUGAAAAGCUGUUUUCAUAAUAACUUGCACUUUGUUCACUUUAGGGAGGACCCAGCAAGCAAGCUCAAGCACAGCUCAGUGGCCUUUUCAACAGCAUCACAUCCUUCUUCCACCCGUCAAACCACGGACGUUGGUUGGUGAGUCUCACGAGAGCUUUAGUUGUUAAAUUCAGGUUUCAUAAAAGUGGCUCAAAUUACCUCCCCCUAAUCUGAAAAAGUGUGAACUCUCUGUAAAAUGAUUUUAAUGGUUUGGAAAUCAUUUAAAAGUUGAACCAAUACAGAAAAACUGUGUGAACAGACAUGACUCUAUAGUGGAAAUUACUGCAUGAGACAAUGAGCUCAUACAAAAAACAAAACAUUGUCUAUUCAAUGUUUAUUAUAACUGUACCAAAAACGCAACAUUUUACACAUCUGGGGAAUCAAUGCUGCACAUGAUAUACAGGUUUUGUAGCAAUUCAGACAACGCCUGUCACAUGGAAGACCUUCAUAUUUUAUAAAUACAACAUCAAACCUCGUCCUGAGUGUAUAAAAACAGCACAGCACUGAAGUAGAAGAGUCCAAGAGCUGAACUGGCCUGUCUGCAGUCCAGAUUUGUCACUCAGUCAAACAUUUUGCGCAUCAUGUAAUUUUGACCCCAAACUGCUGAAGAGCUGAAAUCCUCUAUCAGGCAAGAAUGGGACCCUGUUCGACUGUUAAACUCCAGAAACUGGUUUUCUCAGUUUCCAAAUGUUUACCAAAUGUUGUUAACAGACAUAGUGAUUGUAUCUGCACUUUUCAAUCAAACACAGGGUUUAAAUGAUUUGCAAACCAUCAAAAUCUGACCUGAUACAAAGUUAUAAACAUUCUGGUUUUCCUGAAGUUUCGAGAUGAGACAGCAUUUGAAGAAAACAGCUCCACUGAUGUCAUUGAGGUUUAAUCCAACUGUGGCUCAGCUUGUGAUUGGAAAUAGGAAAUGACUUGACAUCCUGUUUUUCCAAUUAAAGCCAGCCCUCUGUGUGCCAAUAAUCAGUGCACAGGACGAACACAAACUACAGUAGUCCCUCAGGGAAAGAUAAAUAUCGUUUUUAUGAAAGGCCUUUUUCUCUCACAAGAACUUCACUGGAAAAAGUCCUGAUUUUAGGGCCUUUAAUUUUAGUUCUGAUGUUAUCAUGUUUUAAGAAAUAUGAGAGAGAUUCUUCUUCUUCUCUGAACUCACGUCAUUGGGAUAUAUUUAACAGUCUGCAGUGACCUCAAUUAUUCAGGUGCAAGUCUCAUUUCACAUGUGAGAAGGAAUAAUAUUGACUUUGAUUUUAAUAGGAAUAAAUACACACACACCAGUUAGAAGUAGGACAAAUAUUUAAAGUCGAUUAAACUCCUGAGUCAUAGUGAAUCGACUGUUACUGAGUGAUGUUGGGUAAACCCCACCUUUAGCUUGUUCCAGCUCGACUUCCAGCAUCGUGUUCACACGACAUGCCGUGCCACAUGCCGCUAAUAUCUACAAAGACACAGGGCGUACUCACCCGUCAUCAUUUUUCUAGGAAGCUUCCUGAAUCUCGUCGGCUGGCUGUCUGCGUUUACAUCAGCCCUGACUUUAGAAAUAACAAGGGGACAUGUGAGUGAGACGGUUUGGAUGCUAUUAAAGGUCACCGGGCACGGGGCCACAUGCCUUUCUGUUUUCAGGACCCCCCCCCCCACUUCACUAGAUAUGAAGCAGCAGCACAGGCAGCACCGUGUCCUCAUACAAACACUCUUAGUUUUGGCAGUGAGAUAUGAGUUUGUGUGUAUUCUAGCCUGUUGCUCGGAUACAUGUUGGAGGUUCAUUCACAUCACUGCAGUCUUGUUAUAUGUAAACAGUGUUUUCUAUUGAACUGACAGUAAUACAGUGGCGCUAAAUGUCAGGUGGUAAGUUAUGGUCAGCGAGAGAUGUUGGCAUGUUUUGGGAUCUAGUUGAAGUUGUUGAUGUAGUAGUAGACACUGACACUACGCACAUGUGCAACACUGACAGACUUCAGCCACUGAGGAAGAUCCUGACUGUAAAUCACAGCAGAAUUCAACCAUCAUGAUAGGUUACACGUAUAAAGUAAAUAAAACUACUCCCUGAAUAUGCACAGCUUUUUCAACUCUAUAUCAUUAGGCAUUUUCUGGUUAUUUCUGUUAUUAUUAUAUCAGUUUGUUGUAUCAUUACUGAGUGGAACAGUCGAUCCAACAGGGGUUUUACACUGGAUGUGCAACAGCUGCAUAACGGCUGCAGGAGUUGCUGCUGUCUGGCUUGUAUCUCCUCUAGAGUUUAUCUGAGUUAUCUCACGUAUCCUGUAACCUGUUGUCAGCUGUUGUUGUCGUUGUAAUGAAUGAUGGUUCUGUUUUAUUUGCUCUUUUGAUAUCAGAGAUUGCUUUCUGGUGUUAUGACAGCGUCAGGGGGGUGAUAUCAUCAGGACACUAUCCUGUUUACUUUAAAGAAGGGUGCUGAACUCAUACAGACACCGGCUGACUGGAGCGAGAGGGGCAGACACAUGUACGGAGGACUGCAAAAAAAACCAUCCUCCAUAACCUGAUGUUAGGAUUUGAUGAUUGACACAGCCAAUGUGCUUUAUGCUAACUUUUCAUCACAUGCAAGUGACUUCUUUUACCAAAUAAAUGUCCUGGACAGAAAUUCAGAUGUGUGUAGGUAGACUGUAGCGGUGGCUGAAGUAGACAAAGUUAAUGUGGGAGGGGGUGAGCAGCUUCUGGAGUAGUUAUCGUCCAUUUAUGGUUAUCGAGGUGAACUGCUCAAUAUAUCGUGAUAUUGAUUUGAGGUCAUAUCGCCCAGCCCUACCUUCAUGGUAUAGAUUUCAUACUUCUGACAAAAACAUAGUGAACACAGAGCCAGUUUCAUUUUUCUGUUAACGUAUCUUUGAUGAGAUCUACAUGCAGCUUGUGGGAGACAGAUGUGAGACAUGCUGCUCAGCCUGCAGUGUGGAGGGAGUGAUCCCUUCACAUAAAAACAAAAAUGAUUGACAUGCAGCUGUUAUGCAUCCAGAGUAAAACUGGCAUAAUUCUGUGCAUUCCAGGCGUUUGCACGAUGUGUAGGAUCACAGAUGUUGUUGAAGUUGAAAAAUGCUGUGCUACAAGAAAGAGUUGACUACCAUCUAGUGUUGGUGAUACACGACUGUUCAUAUUUGCUUUGAGAUAUCUGAAGGAAUUCCAAACCUGUAACUCCACAAAGCUGGAUUCACAUCGUGUUGUUUAUAUAAGCACAAAGUCAUGUCUGCAGAACGACCUCUACAUCUCUACAUCUCUGUGUGUACUCCCGGGGUCAUCCGUCUGCUUUCCUGUGUCCUCAUGUCCAGAUGAAGCUCAUGAAGCUGCUCCAGCGUCUCCCAGCCAGCGUGGUACGGCGGCUGCACCGAGAGCGCUACAGGAAACCCACAUGGCUGACACCGAUACCCGACAGCCACAAGCUCACCGAGGAGGAUAUCACAGACUUUGUACAGAGUAUGAUGCAGCCGGUUCUGCUGGCCAUGUUCAGCAAGACAGGCAGCCUGGAUGCAGCCCAAGCCCUGCAGAACCUUGCUUUAAUGAGGCCGGAGCUGGUCAUUCCCCCCGUGUUGGAGAGGUAACUAGAGAGUAUCCUGCGUCCGAAGCCCCGGAGCAGUGUUUAUUUUUUACUGCUUUUAUAACCAACACAAAGAGCUGAUUGUUUUCUGUCUCUGCCACAGAACAUACCCAGCGCUGGAGACGUUAAUAGAGCCACACCAGCUGACUGCCACUCUGAGCUGCAUGAUCGGGGUGGCACGGAGCUUAGUGUCAGGUGGGCAGCGCUUUCCCGAGGGGCCCACUCACAUGCUGCCCCUGCUCAUGAGGGCCCUACCGGGAGUUGACCCAAAUGACUUCAGCAAGUGCAUGGUACUUAGAUUGUCUUCUUCAUAAAAUCUGUCUUUGUUGGAUUUUUUUUCAUAUUUUGGGUGCCAGGCUGCAUUUCUUAAGUCUUCUUUGACCGUUUUCUCUCGUCCCACAGAUCACAUUCCAGUUUAUUGCAACAUUUGUGACCCUUGUGCCUUUGGUGGACUGUUCGUCUGCCCUCCAUGACAGAACUGACUUGACAGAGGUCACUAUCAUUUCCUCUCUUCUGCUCACGAUUGAAUUUUUAUAUUUCCACCUAAAGUAAAUAAACAGAAUCAUGAUUUUUUAAACUGCUUUCAUAUCACUGUGUACUAAUUUUCUUCUUUUUUUUAUAUUUCCAGGUUGAAAGAGAGAUGUGCUCUGCCUCAGCUGAGUUUGAAGACUUUGUGCUUCAGUUCAUGGACAGGUAUGUGACAUUUUUGUUACGAUGAGCAGUCGUUCAUGUGUGGAAGUGGCUUUUAGUCACAUAGUGGUGAAACAAAUAACAUUGUAGCACCUUUGGAUCAACAUGUGAGCAUCCACCAGCAGUACUUGCUCUUAACUCUCAAAUAAAAACAUAUUUAAUUUGUAGUCAGGCCCCUUUAGAGUGUCAGAGAUCAUGUCCUUGUGCCCCCUCAUCCCAAUGGCACUGGAUUCAGAUCUUAUGUUUACUGUCAUAAAUCUUUAACCAUUUUUGUAAGUGUUUACAUCAGCGUUCAUUUGUUUGCAUUUUGAUUUGUUUUCACAACAUAAAUUGAUCAUUUUGGUGGAGAUGAUUGUCACCAGUUUGUAUUUACAUGAAAAACUGGAGCAGAUUUCUUUGAGUUAAAGGUAAAAGUAAAUCCAGAAAAUGCAAUGCUCGCAAAAACUCAAGGUUAAUUUGUAUGUCUUGUUUCUUUGAAAGCUGUGAAAGUGACCCUCAUUAGCUGCAGCAUUUUGCCUGUUUAGUACUUAAGUGUAUUAUGUUUGUCCGUGCAGAUGCUUCGCCCUGAUAGACAGCAGCACUCUGGAACAAACGCGAGAGGAAACAGAAACUGAGAAAAUGACUCACUUGGAGAGUCUGGUCGAGCUCGGGCUGUCCUCCACCUUUAGCACCAUCCUCACUCAGUGCUCUUUGGACAUUUUUAAGGUAAAACCAGAUCAUCACUCCCUCAGACGACGGUGAAUUUUCCAUUUAAAACACACUGAAAACAUUUGAAAUAUUGUCAACAGGUGGCUCUGGAAAAGGUGUUCAACUUUGCAACCACAAACAUCUUUGAGACGCGUGUAUCAGGGAGAAUGGUGGCUGACAUGUGCAGAGCGGCUGCUAAGGUAAGACUCAUCCUCUCGAACUUAUCAUAGACAUAAAAAGCACUCACAUCUCAGGGUGGUUCAUCAUCUUCAUCCUCUUGUACUUUUUCAGUGUCACCCUGCAGAGUCACUCAAGGUGUUUGUGCCCCACUGCUGCAAUGCAAUAAACCAAAUCGCCACCAGUAAGUGCUAAUCUCACAGUGAAGGCAGCUCUAUUUAGGAGGAUUUCUUUCUUUGGUGUUUAUCUGAUUUAAUGUUUUUAACAGAUGAGGAAGUGUUGAACGAAGAGGAGCUGGACAAAGAGUUGUUGUGGAAUCUCCAGCUGCUGUCCGAGGUGAUUAAGUCCACUACAAAUAUCUCACUUAACCUCUUAACUUUUAUAUUUACCCUCAUCUUUUUCAUUUGCGUUAUACCCUACCCUGAAUUUCUCGCUCUCUGCUGUUUUCAUAACAGGUGACUCGGGUGGACGGCGAUAAGAUGCUUCCCUAUCGGUCAGACCUGGUCCAGAUUUUGCAGUUGACGCUUCACCUCAAGUGUAAGCAGGGCUACACGCUAGCUUGCAACCUGCUGCACCACAUCCUUCGCUCCACAGCCCUCAUCUACCCCACAGAGUACUGCAGUGUGCCUGGAGGCUUCCACCAGCCAAUCACUGACUACCUACCUAUCAAGGUAGGCGCUUCAACUCAUGACCAAAAUUAAGCUUCCUUUAUUUUUGUGGUGGUACUUCUCAUAGCUGAUCUAUUAGCCAGUGUAAGUUUGUAUUUUUUUAUUAUUGUUGUUUAUUAACUUGUGUUGUGUAUGUUUGGAACAUUACAAAAAGAACAGCAGAAAAAACACCCAGGUCGCCAUACAGGGUUCCUGCAGAUCCUUUAAAAGUCUCACAAAUCUUAAAUUAGAUUUAUAAUAUUAAAGGUCUUAAAUUUCACUUACAAGAGGUCUCCAGUUUUGUAUGGCACUAUGGUUUGUUGUGUAAUCUUUAGCUGAGACACUUAUCUCAGAGCAAAUAACCACGGGUCGCAAUUAAAACAUAUGGUCAAAACAUAUUAUGUCAAUAUAAUAUAUCUUGUGUUACCCUGCAGAGUAGGAAACAAAUGAGCUGCAACAACUGAGUAGGCCUUAUGCUUUAGAAAUGACCGUUUAAUAAGAGUAUCCUGAUGUGAGCCAUUCUGCAGAGUAAAUAUUUGUCCCAUUUUUAUUUGGUUUGCAGAGGUGAAUAGUGACUAUGACAUGGUUUCUAAGAUGUGUCAAAGAGCUCUGAACUUGAAUUUAUAGUUUAAUAUGACACACGUGUAAUAUGCUCUUUAUUCACCGGUACAAGGAAAGGUUUGUGUUCUAGAAAUCCCUCAAAAAGUCUUAAAUUUGAUUUUAAGAAGUCUCGAGUUUGAUGUUAAAGAGUGAGGAGGAAUCCUUUGAGAGCAACCGCAGCUGAAAAAAACAGCUUAAAGAAGCUAACCACUUUGUCUUUAAUAGAUCCGUACAGUUAGUGUGUACGGUGUAUUCUGUCAGAAAGAUAGACAUUCGUCCUUAAGUCACCAGCCAACCAAUAAAACUCUCUACUGCACCCUCAGUGACCUGGUUGAUUAAUUGUCUCUCCUCUUCGGAUGGUUCGUUAGUGAAGCAGACUGUACUUUGAUCCCAUUAAGUGUCUUCCUGAGUUGAAGCAUGGACAGCCGAUCACUUGACUGGAUUACUGUGUCCUACAAUGCAAAAGAAAUGUCAUGUCUGUCAUGGUUUCCAGUUUGCUAGCAGCACCGGAGGCUGAGGGAGUGUGAAAUGUUCUUUGUUAGUCUUUCAAUUGAGCUUCGUUCAGUCAGAGUUCAGUCACAGAAAAUGAAGAAGGUGGCAGUGUGUGGAGAUUCAAGUCAGUUCCUCUUAUUGGGUAGUUUUCUACAUAUUAGGGUCAUGCAUAAUGAUCAGAAAAGAAAUAAUUGUCAGAGUUGUGCCAAAACUAUUUCACAUCUAUUUUCUCAUAAGGCUGAUAUUUCUACUAAACUGACCUCUGUUAAUUAUUUAAGUUUCAUUGUUGGUCGUUCAUUGUGUGUCAUGCAGGACUGGGGUCGGCCUGGGGAUCUUUGGAACCUGGAUAUCCGGUGGCAUGUGCCCAGCGUCGAGGAGACAGCUUUUGCUUUCUAUUUACUGGACCUGAUCCUGCAGCCUGAACUCCAGCGCCUUCAGAGAUUCUCACAGGGAGACCAGGACAUGAGCAGGUGAGGAGGAACACAUCAGAGCGUUCACCUGUACCCUUCGAACCUCAUCUCCUGAUUUCUACCCGCAUAAUUACAGAGACUCUAAAAUCUGAUACAUGAUGGUGUAUUUUUACAGAGACGAUGUUCUGCAGAGUCUGACCAUCAUUCAGCACUGCCUCCUGGGAGCUGGGAGUCUUAUGCCUCCAUUGAAAGGAGAGCCCAUUCCUGAACUGUAAGCAAUUACAUGCAAGUGCAUAACUGUGCAAACUAAAUUUCUUCACUCAAAUGCUGCAUUUGACAAGUUAUUUAACACCUUAGACUUUUUAGAUAAAAUCAAAGUUUUACCACCAUUGCACUUUUUCAGUCCUCUAAAACCAGUAGGUAGAGAAAUAUCUGUGCAAAUCCAUCAUGUAUUUUUAUGCACUACUUACUUCGACCCAAUUUAUUCUUAAAUCUGUGUUCCAGUCAGAUUUACAGAGGCUAAUUUAAGAUUACAGAACACAUGUACAUAUAAUCCUGCAGGUCAAGAACGUGGUUUUUCAUCUGCACUUUACUUUUCUUCAUAACAUGUUAAAGAAAAAUCUUGUCUUGUGGUGUCCGGUGUGUUACAGACGUGUGUAAAAGGCAGUAAUACAAACAUCCUGUUUGCACAAAGCACCAUUCAUACAAAGAGCUGUUUAAAGUCAAGCAAAAAUACAAACUGAAAUGCAAAAUAUGAAACAUUUCUAAAUAUAAUAUCAAGAUAGAAAGACAAAACAGCAUUUGAUAAGCUUUGUGCUUUGGUAAAAGGCUCCACUGGCCCUUUCGUUGCACAUUUUAUUCCUCCAAAAUAUGUCUUCACACGAGUUAAUAUCUUGGCUUUGAACCUGUUUUCCACCCAAGGGUCCACAGCAUGGUGAAUCUGGAUGAGACCAACCUCUACACUGGAAUGCAGUAUGGUACGUCAGUCACCUUUGAAGUGCUGUUACAUGAUAAUGGUGCAGCUUUGGAAAGAUGUAAAGUAUGAGCUUUGUUAGAGCACAACGUGACAUUGUAAUAUAAUCUCCACUUGCAGAUGAAUCUAGAGAGAACUACAGAGACGCCGUGUGCAGCGUGAUGAGACAGCUGCUGCGUAAGUGUGCAAAAACGUCGACUAUUCUGGCCUGCAGUCUGUGUUUGGUCUGAUGCCACGUCCUUACCUACCCAGUUUGUCUUACACUGGAAGUAACAGGAAAGCUUUUGUUGGUUUUAAGUGUCCUUUUGUUUUUUUACAGAUUACAUCCUGGAGCACUCUGAAGAUGACACCAAGUCUCUUUUCUUAAUCAUCAAGGUGAGCAGACAGUCACAUAAAAUAACCGUCUUUCAAAUGAAGACGAUACUCUUGUUUUUAUCAGUGCGUUGAUCGUUCCAACAGUCGCUAGUUUUAUUUAAAAAUGGAAGUGACACUCCAUGUUUGCACAAAUACUUUCCACAAGUAUUCGUUAACUCUGUCUGUGAUAUUUUGCAGAUUAUCAGUGACCUGUUGCAUUUCAAAGGCUCUCACAAACACGAGUUUGACUCCAGGUGGAAGAGCUUCAACCUGGUGAAGAAAUCGAUGGAAAACAGAGUAAGAGUCUGAGGGUUUUUUUUGUUACUCUUGUGCUGUUGUUGCUAUAGGUAAGCAUUCAAAGACAUGCACUGGCAGUCCACAAGUUGAAUACUGUUUUGUAUUUGCAGCUUCAUGGCAGAAAGCAGCACAUCAGAGCCCUGCUGAUAGACAGAGUCAUGCUCCAGCACGAGGUAAGCCCUUGAAAGACUUGAGGAGAGUCCCAAACCGUGUAUUAUCUCGUUAGAGCAUGUAUAAGUGAAUCUUUCUGUUUUUUAUCAGCUGCGAAAGCUGACGGUGGAGGGAUGUCAGUACAGGAGCAUCCACCAGGAGCUGAUGAGAGAUCUGUUGAGGCUUUCCACAAGCACCUACAGUCAAGUGAGUUGUCAUAAAACACACAUGACAUGUUUUCCUAACACUCCUGAGGUCAAUGAUAACUAAAAACGACUUUAUAUGACCUUCCAGGUUCGCAGCAGAGCUCAGAGUGUGCUCUUCACUGCACUGGGAACUUACAACUUCUGCUGCAGAGAUCUGAUCCCUCAUGUCCUACAGUUUCUCAACCCAGCCAACAAAAGCGUCACACAGCAGCAGUUCAAAGUAAGACCGCCCGCCUCCCCCUCUGCGUGUUCCUAAACAAAGAAACUUAAAGAGAAAAGUUUAAGUUCAUAAGAAGUUAAUGCUUCAUUGUUACCUCUCCAGGGUGCCUUGUACUGUCUUCUGGGGAAUCACAGCGGAGUGUGCCUGGCAAAUUUGCACGACUGGGAGUGCAUCGCUCUGACAUGGCCCGCCAUCGUCCGCUCCGGGCUCAGCUCGGCCAUGUCCCUGGAGAAGCCCUCCAUCGUGCGCCUCUUCGAUGACCUCGCAGACAAAAUCCAUCGGCAGUAUGAGACCAUCGGCAUCGACUUCUCUGUAAGAAAAUCUUUAAAACAGUUUCACAAAUGGUUCAUAAAAGUCCCUGAGUGUUCAGCCGUUCUACUUUGAUACUGUUCUAGAGAUGGAUACCAGUCUUACCAUAACAGUUCAUCAUAUUACACUGGCCUGCAUGAUUAUCUCUUACUGCAUGUACAUGGUUACAUGAUGUGGUUUGGUAUUCAAAUUUUGAAAUACAAUUACACACAAGUAUCAUAUAUUUAAUAAUGCUUACUAACUAUAGUAUAUAUAGUACAAAUUAUAUGUAUGUUAUAUAAACCAAAGCUAUACCUGUAUAUGAGUAUAGUAACAGAAUGAAUAAUAAUAAAAUUAAAAAUGAAUAAAUAAAUAAUGAUAAUGAUAAUCAUGAUGACAACAACAACAAUAAUAAUAAAAAUAAUAAUAAUGAUAAUAAUAAUAAUUAUAGUAAUGAUAUAGUACAUUUUAUGCCAUAAUGUUUGCAGCACAUUUUCUUUACACACAGAUGCAUACAUUAUAUUUAAUGUGGGUUUAUUAAAUUAUAAGUAAUGCACUAGAAUUCCACAAAACAUGUUCUAACAUGGGAAAUAUUGUUCACUGGUGCUUUAUUUUGCUUUAAUUUCUCUAUUCCCCCCAAAAAAAACAUAAUAAAUCGUGCAUUUUGUUCAUAUAUUCUGUGAUUAAUUUUGAAUUAGCAGGCUCAAACUUUUCUCUGUGAUAGGCGAUGAUGUGAGGAGUAUUUUUCAAGCCAACCUUAACCAGAAAUGAGAAAUUACAGCCUUUAUGAUUAAAAUGUUAUAGCACCAUAAUAAUGGAAAUGUAAGCAAGAGAGGGCUCAGCUGUUGUGUGACAGUAGCCAAAUAAAUGUGGUGUUUUAUUUUGAAAAAUUCCCUGAAAUUCUCUAAGAAUCUUUUAGUAAAAUUAAAAUGUUCUUAUCUGCUUCUCAUCUGACCGUGCAUCAGAGAGAAGUGUGAUAUCUUCUUUAAAUACUGCAGCUCCAUCCUCCUUUCUCAUAAGGGAGUUUUCACUUCAGUACUAACUAUGUCUUAACCCACUAAUCCUCUCAUCCCUUUAGAUUCCUGAAGAGUGCUGCGCUGUGGCCAAACAACUUAUGAUCACUGGAAAUCCUCUCCCGGUGGAGCCCGUCCCUACAGAGGAAGGAAUAGCGGAGGGUCUUAAGAGAAAGGAGCUCAAGAACAUCGAAUCCAUCCAGUAAGUUCACACCUACAAAGACUAAGAACCUUUAGCACAGCUCAUGUUUGGUACUUGUUUAGUAGCUUAACUUGAUUCUCGGGUCACUUUAUGUCUUCGAGUUGUAGAAUAUGAUGCUGACAUUUUUUUUUUACACAUUUACAGGAAGUACGAACAGCUCAUGGGUGAUCUGCUGGACUGCAUCGACAACAGGAACAUGUAGGUUAAUUUAUAAGAGACUACUUUCAUCACGUCAUGUUUAAUCUUAUUUAUCACAUUAUUUACAGUCUUAAAUUUCUGCUCUAGGCCUUGGAAAUUCGAACACAUUUCUAUUGGCUUCCUUUCAUUGCUGCUGAGGGACGACCACCAACUCCCACCGGCUGCUGUUACGUUCUUCGUCAAAAGCCUCAACCAUGACUCCCUCUAUGUCCGCAAGGUGUGGCAUACACACGAUAAGAAACACGGUUGUGCUGUUGCAUGGACAUAAGACGUAAGAUAAUGGUCUAGUUAACGUGUCAGCGUUUAAGAGGUAGAGUGGGAAAAGAAACAAUAUUUUGACACGCUUUUGGAUGGUAAUUGUCAGAAAAUGUCCAUAAUUUUUGGUGCUCUAUCAUGAUUGGAAAUAAAAGAUCUCAAUAAAUAAAAUCACAAAAGUAGUUCCUCAAAUCAAAGCCUUCAUCUUUGUGUGAACAGUUUUUCUGACAUGUCUUGUUUUCUCCUUUAGGUGGCGAUAUCAGCCGUGGCAGGGAUCAUGAAACAAAUAAAGAGACCCCAUAAGAAAGUCCCUGUCAGCCCAUCAGAGAUCUGUAAGCGUCAUAAAGUUUUGGUUCUUGUGUUUUAGAAAUAAGUGAAAUUUAAUCUUUAAGAAUAAAAAUAACAACUUUGCUUUACUGAAUUUUCACAGGUGGACAGGAGUUAAGCGCCAUGAUAGCAGGAGACCGUCAAGACAACCAGUGGCUUCAGUAUAACAGCAGCAACCUGCCGCGCACGCAGCAGGACUGGGACAGCUGUGUGUUUGUAGAGAAGACUCACUGGGGAUACUACUGCUGGCCAAGGUUUUUACUUUAUGACUCUUGUUUGGUUUGUUUGACUUUCUGUUUCUCUGGACAUCUUUCUUUUUUUUCACCGCCUCCUCUUGUUUGCUCUCCAGAAAACUGAUGAUGUAUGCACCACUGGAGGAGCAGCCCAAACAGAACCUGCCCAGAGAGGACAUGACUGAGGUUUGUGCACAAAUAAGAGGAAAAUAUGAGACACUGGAAGGAGUGAAGUCCUUUUAAAUGUCGACUUAGUGUGAGUAACAUUAAUCCUCUUUUUAACAGCGGGAGCAGAUCAUCUUCGACCAUUUCUCAGACCCAGUAUUCAUCAACCAGUUCAUCGAGUUUCUCUCUCUUGAGGACCGGAAAGGCAAGGAUAAGUUCAGUCCUCGCAGGUUCUGUCUGUUCAAGGUGAGAGUCCUGUAAGUUUAGAGUGAAAUCCAAACACGGUUUUAAGUCGGCUGCUCAUGAAAACUCUCGUUUCCGUCUGCUUCUUCCUCCAGGGAUUGUUCCGCAACUUUGGCGAUGCCUUUCUCCUCCUGCUGCAGCCGCACAUGGAGCGCCUGGUGACAGACUCUCACGAGAGCAAACAGCGCUGCGUCGCAGAGAUCAUCUCUGGUCUGAUCAGAGGCUGCAAACACUGGAGCUACUCCAAGGUAUGGAUGAGAAGCUCUUUAAAUGAGGUGGUGAGAAGUUUCGAUGUCUCAGAUCAGAAUCUGGGAAAAGAAAUCAAAGUGCUAUCGAGUCUGGUGGUUUCUAUGAUGUGACCCAAGACCUAACAUGGAAUAACUCUGGGGGUCAGUUGCUUGCAUGUGGAGAGCUCUGAAUUUGGCUUUGUGUCAUACUUUUGAUUGUCUUUAAUUUUAAAAACUCUUCAUAGUUGUUUGCUGCUGCUGUUACUGCAAAAUAGCUUUGGACAAAACACCCAAACUUUGCAGAAAGUCCCAGAAAUGAAAAAAUAAAAAAGCAGUUGAAUGUUAACUUUAGAUAUAUAUAAGUAUGUCAGGGUAAGAGCUAUUUAAUUGAACAAACAAUGUGACAUUGGAUUUCUGCAGGAUAUGUUUAAGGUCAGGUCAGUAAAAUGGCCUUUAGGUGAAAUAAAACAUCACAAUUAUAAAGUCCAAAUGUUGCACCAGGAAAGAAAAACAUGGAGGAGAUUUUUUUUUAUUUUUCCCGACAUUAGAAAAUAGUAAUUGCAUCUGGAACUGCCAUCUGAUAAACUGCCAAACAUGAGCUCUUAUCUGCUAGAAGCACGUCAUUAAAACCACUGAUGCCAGUAUAAAACAGUUUAUCAGUUUAUUAUUAAAAACAUGACACGUGCCUUUCAGCCAGGUAACAGAAAAGUAUAGUUGUUAGUGGUUUUGAUCAAGUCCCAAUUUGUUUUAUAGGCUGGGAGGAGUUUGUAACUGGUUGAGAAACAGACUGAAACCGAUACUAAUGCUUUUUAUGUGCGUGUUCAUACAGAUCCUCAACUCAACGGCAUUAUGGGCUGAUUUCUGUUUUCGUUCACAGGUUGACAAACUCUGGGAGCUGUUGUGUCCACUGCUCCGCACCGCUCUGUCCAACAUCACAAUAGAAACCUAUGCAGACUGGGGCACCUGCAUCGCCACCGCCUGUGUAGGCUCCUUUUUGUUUUUAUCUAUCAUGCUUUAAUUCACCGUCUUUUUAACUUGCAUCAUCCACCUUUGCAUCAAUACGACUCUGUUAUUUCCUUCUCAUACAGGAGAGCAGAGACCCGCGCAAGCUGCACUGGCUGUUUGAGAUGCUAAUGGAGUCCCCAGUCAACGGCGAGGGGGGCUCCUUUGUGGAUGCCUGGUGAGUUGAAAGGCCGCUGCCUGAUGCAGAAAUUGAUGCGACUGAAUAAAAACGUUGACUGUGAUUCUGUCCUCUUUCCAGUCGUCUCUACGUGCUGCAGGGAGGUUUGGCUCAGCAGGAGUGGCGCGUCCCGGAGCUGCUCCACAGGUUGCUACAAUACCUGGAGCCCAAACUCACGCAGGUGUACAAGAAUGUGCGGGAGCGCAUUGGCAGGUGAGGCGCUUUUAACACCCCGCACAGACCACUUGAAGUGUGUUUUUCUCAUUUUGUUGGCCCUCUCUUAUUCUCUUUGUGUUGUUGUCUCUUCAGCGUGCUCACAUACAUCUUCAUGAUCGAUGUCAACCUGCCGUACACUCAGCCGACCACCUCCCCGCGCAUCGCCGACUUCACAGAGCGGAUCCUGGUGCAGCUCAAGCCUCUGACUGAGGGUGACGAGGAGAUCCAGAACCACGUGAUCGAGGAGAACGAGGUGGGAGAGCAGGAUGAGCGGACGCAAGCAAUCAAGCUACUCAAAACAGGUCGGUCUGCACACUUGAACUUAAUAGUUAAUGCAAAUACUGGUUCAUUUUAAUGCAUGAAGCAACAUUUGAAGUAUCAGGGUCCUUCUUUAAACACCAGUAUCCCUCUGUUUGAAUGUCUGCAGUACUUAAGUGGCUGAUCGCAAGUGCUGGUCGCUCCUUCUCCACUGCUGUUCCUGAACAACUACGGCUGCUUCCUCUGCUCUUCAAGGUGAAAAACUCACUCGCCUUUAUUCCUCCUGAACCGCUGUCUACAUUAUUACCAGCUUCAUUUAUUUUUUACACCGCCCGAGGACCUGAAUGACACCUGCAUCUUCAUUAAGCUCGUCUUUUAUUCCAGAUCGCUCCGGUAGAGAACGAUGACAGCUACGACGAACUCAAGAGGGACGCGAAGACCUGUCUGUCUCUGAUGUCUCAGGGACUUCUCUACUCAGAGCAGAUCCCCAUGGUCCUCAGUGCCCUGCAAGAGGUGAGUAACCUGGAAACUGGAGAGUCUGAUGUUUCUUUUCGCACGUGACCAGGCAUUAUACAGGCCCUUCAAAUAAAAUCCCCCCCCCUGCAGGAUUAGCAGGAAGAAAAGAUUUAAAGCUGAGUGAAUGACGUCCCACUGUGAUUCUCUGUAGUCUUGCCAGCUGUGGAUUCAUUCUUAAAUGAUCGGUGACAUUAUCAUUUCUUGGGAGCAGUUUGAAAGAAAUGCUGCAAGUACUUUUUUCAUGAGGUUGUAUUAACAAAAAAAAAGGUGAAUUAUUUGCUGGACUUGACUUUCUAUAUGUCAUAGGGCCUGACCGUUAUGGAUUUUUUCAGGCCGAUGCCGAUUAUUAUGGGGGGGGGACCUGAUUACCGAUUAAUCGGCUGAUUUUUUAAAUUUUUUUAUGAAGUUAUAAAAAAUAUGUAUAUACUGUAGAUAUGCUGUAGGCUACUGCUCUUCACGCCGACAGGAAGACCGACUGAUCAAACUCAGACCAGAAAAGUGUUUUCAACGAGAUCCGUCACUCUGCUGUGCUGUGAGGUAGUUAGUAGAUGAAGAUUGUCAUGAGGUCGCUGCGCCAUCUACAGGAUAAGUCGGGGAUCUUUUCAAAUGCCGGAACAUUUUCGAAGUAAAACCGAAUCUUAUUCUCCGCAUUUUAUUUCUGAAAAUAUUGGCGAAAAUCAGUGAGUUUUGGCCAAUUACAGAUUAGCCUCGAACAGGCUAAAAUUGGCCGAUUUAUUCAACUCGCCUGUGGGGCCCUAAUAUGCAAUCCACUGAUGUUGCAACCGAGCUCAGUGGAUCAGUCUCUCCCUGGCUGAAGCGCGCCCCCCUAUGGCCUCUUUUCCCGACUUGAUUCCCUGAACCAUGUUUUAGGGUCAUAAGAGCAGGGGUCACACGGCUGCAGUCAUACCCGUGACGUGCACGUGUGGCUGUGUUGCAGACCCCCGUCAGCUCCUCAAACAGAGAUAAAACCUGAGCUCAGUCUGUGCACACGUGUUUUCUGUCAGUGAAGCCAAGAGUGUUACGUUACGCGUGUUUACUUUCUUUUGUUUCUGAUGAAACUGGGAGUGUUGUAGGUAACUCUGUUCAGCCCUUUUCACUUUCUACUUUCUACCAACCAGUUAAAAAAUGCCCAGAACAGUUGUCGCCCAGUAGUCGAGAUUAAGAUAUCCUUAACCCUGACCUGUGGAGUGGUGUGGAAGGUGUUGAACAUGAUAGCAAGCAUUUUCAAAAUAAGCAGCACCCCUCAAUAAAAAGCCUAAAUGAUGUGAUCAGUCGGGGCAUUAACAGAGAGAUGAAAACUUUGUCCCAGAACCAAGAACUGAAGAAGAAUCUCUGUGCUUUUCCACCACAGGGAGAAAGGUUGCUUUACAAGUGUUGCUCUUUUUUUUCAGGUCGACUAAUCUCAAAACUUUCUGGAGUCUUUAAGCCUUCAUGAAUGUAGAUGACGAUUCGCCAGAGAAACCCUGAAACCCCUUGAAAAAUAUCCUCCGUUAUUACACGUUUUUUUGAGGCUACAAAAAUGAUUUCGACUGAAGAUGUUUCUGUUUUGUUGUGUGUUUCAGAUUGCUGGCAGCAGCUCCUGGCAUGCUCGCUACACCGUGCUCACAUACCUCCAGAUAAUGGUUUUCUACAAUCUGUUCACCUUCAUGAGCGAUCAGAAAGCAGUGAAUGACGUGCGAGCGCUGGUGAUUCGGCUGCUGGAGGACGAGCAGCUGGAGGUAAAAGGACUCACCGGUUCACGGCUGUUUUUACCUCAAAACCGCUCAAAUAUGAAGUUAAAACAUAUUCAGUCCGUUUGAGCUGCCACUGGAGGAUGAUUGGAAGACAAACAAACAUACGACAGCUUGAUUAUAUAACCUUUCCGAGCUAUCGGCCAAUACAUGCUUGUUUAUGCUAGCAGGCCUCACUGUAGUGAUUCAGCACUCUCCUCCUGGCUCUACACUCUCUUCCCCCCCUCCGGCCUUCUAGCUGUUUCUAUGGAAACCACAGGCUGCAGUAAUCUGUUGCUAUGGAGAUAACGUCCAGAUUGAAGGAGGAUGAGAGGGAAAGGGAUGGAGUUGAGACAAAGGAGAAGUGGGGGAUGGAUGGAAGUAGCCGUUUUUUUAUUUAAUUUGGCCUCUCAAACUCACCUAAACCGGAUUUAUAGAACUCAAAUUUAUGACUGUGAUCGCUCUUUUUUCUUCUGAAUCAAUUAAAUAUGAAAAAUUCUCAAGCUCUACUGCUUUUAUAUUCCUGAUAAUGGUGCUAAGACACUUUUAACGCUUUUUUUGUACACUAUCACCUUUAACGUGUAUUGAGAAACACAGAAGAAAAGAUGAUAUAAACCCUUAAAGAGAAAAAAAAAACAGCUGCUUCUCUUUCUACCUCGUAGAGCUUCACAGUCUGAGAAGCUUUCCCUCUGGAGAAAACUGUUUAAAGACCUCCUUAAAACCCUUCCAAGUUUAGCUAUCUUGCUCAACAGAGAUACAAACUGUGCAACAGACAAUUUUAGCCAGCGUUAUGGAGAAACAUCCCCCUCAUGCACACACACACAUCCACCCCCAUGGUCCCCAGCUGGCUGCUAUUUCCAUCCAGCUGGCCACUGUACAUACAAAUGGAGAACACCCUGCCUAAUGAUAAUGUUGCUCGGCUAUAUUUUAUACACUGCACCAAGAGACUGUCAGCAAGGUGCUGAGGCUAGUGUGUAAGUAUGAGCAGGGAAAGGACCAGUUAGAGGUCCUACAGCAGAUUGUAGGAGUAUUUUUAUAACAGGGUUUUUAAGGAACAAAAAGUACCGUGUAUUUAAAAUGGGUAAAACACAAUCCAACAACUUUUACAGAAUAACUCAAGCUGGGUUCAAGAUUAAAAAAAAAAAAAGGCUGGUCAGCAUUUUACAAUUUGUCUUCCUCCUUUAACACAAAGACACAAGAUAAACAAAAAUAAACUAAUCAGAGCACCAUUGAUUAUUCACUCUAAGUUUCUAAGCACUACGACUUUUGGAAGACGAAUAAACUCUACUUCCCUUUAAAUGAGAAUCAUAUAUCCUUAAAUCUGUGGUGCUGUUAUGUAGAAUUAAUACGGUUUAUCUUAAUUGAUUUCUAGUGUUUCUGAUUUUUUAUAUCUGUCUUUUUACAUGUGAGAUGUCUCAACAAACUUACAAACCAUCUCUCUUAUGAUUUGAAAUUGUGACGAAUAUAUCACUUUUAUUCCCCUUCUUGUCUUUGUGCGUUUAACCAGGUAAGAGAAAUGGCGGCCACGACACUAAGUGGCUUCCUUCAGUGCAAUUUCCUGUCCAUGGACGGCCCCAUGCAGGCGCAUUUCGAAGCUCUCUGCAAGACUUGCUUACCGAAGAAGAGGAAGAGGGAUCUUGGCUCUAUAGUGGACACUAUACCCUCUGCUGGUAGGAAUUAAAUUGACGAUGAAGACAUUUAGUUAGACACAGCAUAUGCAGCUCUGUCUUUUUUUAAUGGAUUCCCUUCUGUUGGGUUUUUGUAGACCUGGUGCGGCGCCAUGCUGGUGUUCUCGGGUUGAGUGCUUGCAUUCUCUCAAGCCCGUAUGAUGUGCCCACCUGGAUGCCCCAGCUGCUGAUGGACCUGAGCGCUCACCUGAAUGACACACAGCCCAUUGAAGUAAGUGUAAUCACCCACUGAUGGUGUCGCCACUGCAGCAACUUAAGUGAAAAAAUGUGAUAAAUAUCUCUAACCUGUGUUUCCAAUCUUACAGAUGACCGUGAAGAAAACACUGUCAAACUUCCGAAGGACUCACCAUGACAACUGGCAGCAACACAAGCAGCAGUUCACAGAUGACCAGCUGCUGGUUUUGACUGAUUUACUGGUCUCCCCCUGUUAUUAUGCCUAAAACCUGGUAAUGUACUUACCAGGUUUCACUGACUAUUUCCCAGACACACACCAAAGAGCAUGAAAGUUGAUAAUUGAGAUGAAUUACUAAACGAUAUAUAAAACAAAAUGUGCAAGAAAUAAAUUAAGAUUGUAGAUUCUUUUUUAACAAUUACUUUUUUUUUUAAUUUUGUAAAGAAAGAGGUCCUAAACCCACCUACUUAUUGUCCUUUUUUUGUUUAUUAGUCAUGGGACAACCCAAAAUCUACACAUACCAGCCUGCAAUGUGGAGAAGUUUCCAGGUCUUGACUGAUAACAGACACAACACCACCGAGAAGAAAAGUGUCACGCAUAGCAACUACCUUGUGUCACUGGAAAGGACUGAAAAAGUUGUGUAUUUAUGUAUUUAGCUCAUUUACAUUUCUACUAUACUUAAUAUUUAAGGAUCAAUCAUAGCAGGGAUGGAUGACCUGCAGUUUGUAACAUUACUGUACAGUUUUUUUCUUCUCUUUUUGGUUUGUGUGCAUGUGCACGAGUGUGUGUGUGUGCGUGUGUUUGAGUUUAUGGGAUGCUUGAAGACAUCUGCCAGUGUCCCACACAUUUCUCAGGAUUCCUUCCCAAGUUUCAACUCUGAGCCAACACAUUGUCCGGUGUAGGACACGCUCGAUAUUUCACUAGUGGAGUAUUUGUCUGAAGCCACACAAAACUGUCAACUUUAGAUUAGGCUUUCACAUACAACACACAAUGUUUGUGUUGGUGUUUGAUCUAUAUAUGAUUAUAUGCAUCCUGUAUGUGUAUGUCAUUGUAUAGCAAAUAUGCACAAACAUAUUUAUUUAUUUAUUUGACGUUUUUUCUUUUUUUUUUCUUUUGAAGUGCUUCGUUUUAUUUUCCUUUUUUUCAUAGAAAGUAUUUCUGAGUUUAAGUAGUAAGUGAGAUUUUAGCAGUGGAGCCUAUUCUCAUCUGCUAUGGCAAAGAAAGGGAGAGGGCAAGCUCCCCACUGCUGUGAUGUGUGAAGUGUUUGCUGUGAGGACCUGAGCACAGUUUGUGCACCAUUUCAUGUGUCUAGGUGCAAGAAGACAACCUAACCGCCUGUUCCUAAUUUUGAUCUCUUCCCUCUGACUCUUGGGUACGUUGAUCUUUUCUAAAACACAGUGAGAUGGGAUGAAAUUAUUUUGGUUUGUGUAUGUUCCCCCUGAUGACUUGAAAUCAGUCCAAGCAUUGAAGCAUUUAGUUACCUCACUUAUGUAUAGUGUAGUGCCAAAACUGCAGUGAUUUUUUUUAGAUGUACUGUUUGCUUAUUGAAUGAGAUGACAAUAAAUGGUUUGUAACAAAACAAAA